AUGACCCGAGCGAGCACCCCGACCGGGGCCGGGGGUGCCACCCUGUCCGCGCAUGGUGACCCUCUCAACCACAAAGCGGAGCCACCCGUGAGCUGUCCCGCGGGGGACCGCAUCUGGCAGACCAUUCGGGAGGAGGCGCAGCGCGACUCCGACUCCGAGGCCCUGCUUUCCAGCUUCCUGCACGCCAGCAUCCUGGCCCACGACUCCUUCCCUCGCGCCCUGGCCUUCAUCCUGGCCGCGCGGCUGGCAGACGCCACGCUGCUCCCCUCCGAGCUGUCGGAGAUUUUCCGCGCCGCGCUGGCCUCCCACCCGAGCAUCGUGGCCGCCGCGCUGGCCGACCUGGCGGCGGUGCGCGAACGUGACCCUGCCUGCUCCGGCCUCUCCCAGGCCCUGCUCUACUACAAGGGCUUCCACGCGCUGCAGGUGCAGCGCAUCGCGCACGUGCUCUGGCACCAGGGCCGGCGUAUGAUGGCCAGCGCGCUGCAGAGCCGCAGCAACGAGGUGUUCGCCGUGGACAUCCACCCCGCCGCGCGCAUCGGGGCGGGGGUGCUGCUGGACCACGGCACAGGGGUCGUCAUCGGCGCCACCGCUGUGAUCGGGGCCAACGUGUCCAUCCUCCAGAACGUCACCCUGGGAGGCACUGGCAAGGAGUCUGGGGACCGGCACCCCAAGAUCGGCGACUACGUGCUGAUCGGCGCUUCGGCCACGGUGCUUGGCAACAUCCGUGUCGGCGAGGGGGCGCAGAUCGCGGCCGGGUCCCUGGUGCUCAAGGAGGUGCCCCCGCACACUAUGGUGGCCGGCUCACCCGCCAAGGAGGUCGGCAAGAUCACGGGCCUGCCCUCCAUCCUGAUGGACCAGUGGAGCGAGUGCUGCCCCAGAGUCGUCGCCGAGCAAGCGGUGGACGCGCUUACGAGACCAGGCGGGGUGGAUGACUUUGUCAUCUGA